ACGACGAAGCCCAGGGAGAGAGCCAGGCUCUACAAGUCAGCGGCGCGCGGAGCACUCCGGGAGUUGAAGUCCGGUGGUGCUAAGGGGCGGUACUGCCAACGCGGCUGUUGGGGGUUGUAGUCCGACGUUUGUUCGGCGGGAGUUACCUUCGUCGGCCGGACCACGAGUCCCGUGGUGCCCGGCGGUAGGCCGCGCAGGCGCGGUGAGUCGGUGCUGAGCUCUGAGCUCUUCACCCUGACCUAUGGGGCUCUGGUCACCCAGCUUUGCAAGGACUAUGAAAAUGAUGAAGAUGUGAAUAAACAGCUGGACAAAAUGGGCUAUAACAUUGGUGUCCGACUGAUUGAAGAUUUCUUGGCACGGUCAAAUGUUGGGAGGUGCCACGACUUUCGAGAAACUGCAGAUGUCAUCGCCAAGCAGGUGGCGUUCAAGAUGUACUUGGGCAUCACCCCAAGCAUCACCAAUUGGAGCCCAGCAGGUGACGAAUUCUCCCUCAUUUUGGAAAAUAACCCCUUGGUGGACUUUGUGGAACUUCCUGAUAACCACUCAUCCCUCAUUUAUUCCAAUCUCUUGUGUGGGGUGUUGCGGGGAGCCUUGGAGAUGGUCCAGAUGGCUGUGGAAGCCAAGUUUGUCCAGGAUACCCUGAAAGGAGACAGUGUGACAGAAAUCCGGAUGAGGUUCAUCAGGCGGAUUGAGGACAAUCUUCCGGCUGGAGAGGAAUGACCAACCCCAGGACUUCAAGGUGGCCAGUGGGAGCACUCACUGGAUCAGAACACCUCAGUGCUCCUUCUGUCCUCUAGAACUCAGUGACUCCUUGACACGGAUGUUAUAUAUUCUUCUAACCUUGUUUCCAUUCUCCAUGCUAAUAAAGAGCAGAUUGUGAUAUA